GGAAUUGGGAGCGACAGUUUCUCUUCCCGCGCCGAGGGCUCGUUUACGAAGACAUUAGACUCGCCGAGUCCGCUCGUGACAGAUUCUUUUCGCAAAACACUUCUUCGAGUGCCUGGUCUUUUAAAACCAAACUAAACUAAGCCGUGCCGUUAGGGUGGCGUCAGAGGCUUGAGCGCGACGGCAGGAUCCCUCGGGUGGGUGUGCGCGCCGGGACCGGGCCGGACGUGCACGUGGCGCCGGCAGGAGGGCGCAUAGAGCAUGUCUUUCCGAGGCGGAGGUCGCGGAGGAGGCUUUAACCGCGGUGGCGGAGGAGGCGGCUUCCACCGCGGCGGCAGUAACAACCACUUCCGAGGUGGCGGCGGCGGCGGCAAUUUCCGAGGCGGCGGCGGCGGCAGAGGAGGAUUUGGGCGAGGGGGUGGCCGCGGAGGCUUUAACAAAGGCCAAGACCAAGGACCUCCGGAACGUGUAGUCUUAUUGGGAGAGUUCCUGCAUCCCUGUGAAGAUGAUAUAGUUUGUAAAUGUACCACAGAAGAAAACAAGGUGCCUUAUUUCAAUGCUCCUGUUUAUUUAGAAAACAAAGAACAAAUUGGAAAAAUUGAUGAAAUCUUCGGACAACUUAGAGAUUUUUAUUUUUCAGUCAAGUUGUCAGAAAACAUGAAGGCAACUUCCUUUAAAAAACUACAGAAGUUCUACAUAGACCCAUACAAGCUGCUACCACUGCAGAGGUUUCUACCUCGUCCUCCAGGUGAGAAAGGACCUCCUCGAGGUGGUGGCAGGGGAGGUCGAGGAGGAGGAAGAGGAGCUGGAGGAGGUGGCAGAGGUGGUGGAAGAGGAGGUGGUUUUAGAGGUGGAAGAGGUGGUGGCUUCAGAGGAGGAAGAGGAGGUGGUGGCUUUAGAGGGAGAGGACAUUAGAUGUGGCAGUUAACAAACUUGACCAGUUAACUUCUGCCUUAACUGCAUGGUCUGCUCCAUUGUGGACUGGAAUUUGUGUCUGACAGUCUUGGAAGAUGUCAUUCUACAUUGGCUCUGAAAUGUCAGUGUCAUGUGAAAACAAAUGGAGCAGAAUAGUCAGUUUGCUCUAAAAGAGCACAAACGAGCCUGUGAUAUUUUGUACAGUGCUGGGCACUCUGUGGGUGCUUAAUAAAUGGACAAGAAAAUUUGAAGCGUAUUUGAAUUUUUAAAAUAAAAUGUUUUAUUCCUUUA